AUGGAGCUAAGCAUACAGGUAAUGAAGAGAGCCCUUGUGUACGAGCACACUAAAGAUUUAGGUAAGAACUUUACAGUUUCGCCAUUGUCGUGUACAAUUCUGCUGAGUAUGGUGGCUUCUGGACUGAAAGGAGAAGCUUUAGAGCAGAUGAUGUUUUUCUUAAGGCUUAAAACUGGGCUGAAAAGUAUAGCUGAUCUAAUUUCUGAGUCUCGUCGAGUAAUGGCUAUGGUAUCAUCUGUCAACAUCCAAGGACCUUUUCCUUUACUUUUCUCCUCUGUCAAUGGUGCUUGGGUGGAUAAGAAGUACAAGCUCAAGCCCUCAUUUCAACAUGUUUUGAAGACCAUUUAUAGAGCAGACUCCGUGGCAUUAGAUUUUGGCAACAAGAAUGAAGAGGAAGUAGCUGAAAUAAAUACUUGGGUGAAGAAUGCAACUAAUGGACUCAUCAAAGAGAGUGUUCCAAAUCAUCUUAUUAAUAAUAAGAAUACAGUUCUAAUCCUUGCAAAUGCUCUCUACUUCAAAGGAACUUGGGCAGAGCCAUUUCUUCCAGUUCGAAAUGUUACUAAGAGUUUUUACACCCUAGAUGGGAAUAUGGUUCAAGUUCCCUACUUGACUGAAUAUUCUUUGGUCUAUUCAUAUGGAUCUUCUCAAGGAUGUAAGAUUCUUAAGUUGCCUUAUAAAGUCGGCAAUCAAAAGGAGCUUAGCUUUUCCAUCAGCUUUUUUCUUCCUGAUGAGAAAGAUGGGCUGCAUGACUUGCUGAAACGAUUGAGUUCAGACUCGGCUCUACUGAAGUUCAAAUUCAACCAAGUGCGAAUGCGAAAGAUAAGGAUUCCAAAGUUCAAGCUUGAGUAUAACAUGGAGGUUUCUGAUAUGAUGGAACAAAUGGGGUUGAGGCUGAACCUUAAGAAGGACUCGGAGAUGUUAGAAGAUACAGAUCCUAACACCGUUGAAGAUAUGAAAGUUUGUCACAGUUGUUGUGUUGAAGUUGGUGAAAAUGGAUGUGAACCUUUAGCUGUACAGACAUUUGAUACCAGUACCAGAGAUGUUCCACCGCACACUGUGUUCAUUGCUGAUCAUCCAUUUAUGUUCAUGAUAAGGGAAGACUCUUCUGAAACUCCCAUCUUUCUUGGAGCUGUGGUUAAUCCCCUACUUCAAUGA